AUGCGGCGAAAUAGCGAGGAAUUCGAGGAGCUGCUCGCGAAGGUGAUCAACAACUGCCUGAACCCCGACUGGGCCACGAAAAUCGAGCUCACCUACGCGUUUGAGGAGCAGCAAAAGUUGCAGUUUGAAGUAUUCGACUACGCCAAAUCCGGAAAACCUACUCGACUCGGUGGAGCGAACGUUUUGCUUCACGAGAUCGUUGGAGCGAAAUAUAAUCGAGUGACCGUGCCGUUAAUAGAAGAAGGGAAGCGAUACGGUAGUAUUACGGUAACAGCUGAAGAAAUGGGUUCCGGGCGGCAGGAAUCCGUCUAUUUCAUGUGCAGCGCAACAAAACUCGACCGAAAAGACUUCCUCGGCAAGUGCGAUCCAUUCCUCAAGAUUUCAAGGAUAAACUGGGAUAACACGCUGCAACUCGCCUACCGUACUCGAUACCGAGAACAAAACUUGAAUCCGAAGUGGAAGCCAUUUGAGGUGCACAUUGAUCAGUUAUGCUAUGGCGAUAAGAAUCGACCCUUCCUGAUCGAGUGCUACGACUGGGACCAGGAUGGAAACCACGAUCUCGUCGGGUCUUGCACAACGACGGUGAAUCGAUUGACUUCUGGAGACGAUGUGUCGUUAUCGCUCAUCCACGAAAGAAGGCCCGAAAGCCGAAAAUACGUCGACUCGGGGCAGCUGCACUUCACAAAGUCUACUGCUGGCUCGACUUCACGUUUUUGGAUUUUGUUCAGGGCGGUACGGAACUCGACUUCACCGUCGCGAUCGAUUUCUCCUUACGAGACAGCGAUACGAGCUAUCGGAGAGAUCUGCCAGUUCUACAACGCGAGCAAAGUCUUCAACGGGUUCGGCUUUGGGGCCAAGCUCCCGAAAUCCGAUCAAACGCUGUAUAACUUUCCAUUGAAUAUCGAGACCGGCGAGCCACGAUGUGAUGGUGUCGAUGGCUUGGUAAAGAGCUACCGCUCGGCAUUACGACAUGUAAUUCUGUCCGGACCUGCUGAUUUUGCGCCCACGAUAAGGUUCGCUGCCCAAAGAGCAGCAUCCUUACCCGCAAAUGGUAGUAAAUACUCCGUUUUGCUCAUACUCACAAACGGGAUCAUCGCUGAUAUGGAGCGGACGAAGGAGCAGGUCGUUAAGGCCUCCUCCCUCCCACUCUCCGUAAUCAUCGUCGGCGUCGGCUACGAUUCUUUUGACGAGAUGAAAUUUGUCCAAAUGCGGAACUUCUUGCCCCCUCAUCGACAUCUUAACGAAGAAGAGCUGACGGAUGCAAGGGAGAAUUUGGCAAAAGAGGUACUGCAAGAAAUCCCAAUCCAAUUGACCAGCUACAUGAAGUCGCGCGGAAUCUACCCCUCAGCUACCGUAACGGAGCUUCUGAAUUUACACCUCGAGCCACGAAGCACCGAUUCUUCUGCUACAUCGUCGCCUAUGAUCUCGCCACGACAUACAACUGCUGAACGUCGCAUCUCCCCUCUAGCGCGACUUGGCUCAGCUCAACCAACCGGAAGACCGAUGAGCUAUACCGAUACUCCUCCGCUAUCCGCUCCACCACUCUCCAACCAGCGCUUUGGCAGCCCGUCCCGCGUUCGCCGACGACUACUGCAAAUCCCCGGCGAGCAGCUCAACCAGAUGCAUAUUUAC